AUGGCCUUAGGCGGCGGCGGCGGGUACGCCAUCAGCUUCCCGGCUGCCGCGGCGCUCGCCGGGAUCAUGGACGGGUGCCUUGACCGCUACAACGAGCUGUACGGCAGCGACCACCGCGUCCAGUCCUGCCUCGCCGAGCUCGGCGUGCCGCUGGACAGAGAGCCCUGCUUCCAUCAGCUGGACCUGAAAGGACACGUGUACGGCCUGCUCACGGCGCACCCGGUGGCGCCGCUGGUGUCGCUGCACCACCUCGACCGGCUCCGCCCGAUCUCGCCGAACUCGCUCAAGCGGUUGCACGCGGUCCGGUCCCUGGUCGGCGCGUCACGCCGCGACCCGGCGCGCACGCUGCAGCAGUCCAUCUGUUACUACCGCCCGCGGUCGCGGGGCGCCGCCGUCACCCUGUCCGUGUCCGUCUUCUGGGGCUACGUGGAGUCGGCCGGGCAGAGGCAGAACCGGACUCUGACGGAGUACGUGCCGGAGCUGGUGAGCAGCGACGCCUGCAACGGCACCGGCUUCGACGCGGUCGCCAAGGUGCAGACGAUCCGAGUGCUCGCACUCAAGAUGGAUCCUGCCGUCUGGAAGAGGGCUCCACGGAGGCAAUGCUGCAAAGUGGAGAGCUCGAAGGAAGAUGACUCUCUGGUUGUCGAGAUCUACGAAUGUAAGCCUAAUGAGGCAGCACUGAUGAGGUAG